CGAAUGUGAGGAAAGUGUCGAAAGCGAUCGAGCGGGCAGUUACGAACGGAGACCUCGACGGUCACAAUUUGUUCACGUUAUUUCGCGAUAUGAGCAAAAUUGUGGAAGGUGCACGGGCGGGUGUCUCUGGCCUUUUGUAUACUAUAUUCUUCGAGGCUGCUGCUAAGGCAUUCCGUGAUGUCGAAACACAAGAAGCCAUAAGUGAACACUUGUGGCUGCAAGCUCUGGUGCUUGGAACUGAGGGAUUGUUUCGUUGCACAAGCAGUCCAACUGCAAAUGGCACUAUGAUUGACGCCUUAUCAGCUGCAGUGAAAGAGUGGCGGCAGCAGCUGAUUCUAGAUGAAAAGUCCCCUUCUGACUGGGUCACAAGGCUAGCUGCAGUGGUGAAGGCUGCAGAAAGUGCCGCAUUGCGUACAGCGGAAUUACGACCUGAUACUGGCAUUUCAGUUAUUCCCGAUCCUGGUGCAUACACUGUUGGUGUGUGGCUCAGGACUUCCUAUGAAGUUAGUCAAAUGCUUUUCUGAUGAAGAGUGUAUACCUGUAUUUAUUGUAUGAAUAAAUGAUCAAAUAAACUUUAAUAAAAAAGGAAAUGUUUCUUUUAUGCUCUGCAACUGUAUUUUGGCUUCUUAUGCAAUUAUCAGGUGGAAGCUGAAUGC